AAACUAAGAUCCCACGUGCCGCGAGGCAGCUAAGCCUGCGAGCCACAACUACUGAGCCCACACCCACAGCUAGAGAGCCUGUGUGCUGCAACUACAGAGCCCACACGCUCUGGAGCCCGUGUGCCACAACUAGAGAGAAGCCCGUGCACUGCAAUGAGGAGCCCAUGUGCCACAAUGAAGGAUCCCACGAGCCACAACUAAGACCUGAUGCAAUAAAUAAAUAAACAAACAUAAAAUGUUAAAAAAACACUAAUAAUCUCAAUAGUCUUUAAAAAAAAUAAAGUUUUCAAGGUUCAUCUGUAUUAUAGCAUGUCAUCAGUACUUCGUUCCUUUUUAUGACCAAAUAAUAUACCAUUGUAUGGUUAUGCCUCUUUUGUUUAUCUGUUCAUUAGUUGAUGGACAUUUGGGUUGUUUCUCCUUUUCGGAUAUUACAAAUAAUGAUGUUAUGAACAUUUGUGUACAAGGUUUUAUGCAGACUGGGAGUGGAAUUGCUGGAUUACAUAACUAUGUUUAACAUUUGAAGAACUGCCAAACUAUUUUCCAAUGUAGUUGUACCGUUUUACAUUUCCACUAGCAAUGUAUGAGCUUUCCAGUUUCUCCACAUCCUUGUCAACAGUUGUCACUUUCCAGCUUUUUCUUUAUAACCGUCCUAGUUGGUGUGAGUGAUAUCUCACUGUUUUUUUUUUUUUUCUUGGCUGCGUUGGGACUUUGUUGCUGCGCGUGGGCUUUCUCUAGUUGUGGUCCUGUCCAAAAUGCACUGAUGUCUUCACAAGUGUCAGUGAGCCAAGGAUAUAAUUCUCAGCUUCCAGGAUCCUACCCUCAUCUAAUACCAGCAAAGACUUUGAAUCCAGUCUCUGGACAGUCUAACUCUGGUGGUUCCCAGACUGUUUCUCCACUAAGUAAUUAUCAGGGACCUGGACAGACUGUUUAUAGACCAUCUGUGGCUUCUAAUCCAGUGACACCUUCACUCCGUAGUGGUCCUGUUCCCCAAAUGCCACUACCUACUUCACAGAACCCAGCUGCUACACCAAUGCCUUCUGGUAGCUUUCUUCCUGGAGCCAACAUACCACCACCCUUGAAUUGGCAAUAUAACUAUUCGUCACAGACAAACCAUUGUCCUCGUGCGUCAUCCCAACCGACCAUGUCUGGGAAUGCAAAUUUGACAAGUCCUCAAUAUGUUUCUUCUGGAGAUGCUUCACUUCAAAACAACUUCAUAAAAUCAGGAUCUGCACCCCCCUUAGUGAAUCCACCUCUGCCUACCACUUUUCAACCAGGAACUCCUCUUGGGCCCCCUCCAACUGGAGCACCACCUCCAGUGAGGGCCCUUACGCCUCAGAAAUCAACACAUAGAGCUGUGCCCCAGCCCACCUUUAAUUCAGCUAGCAACCAAGAAGGUAUUAUACCAAAUACCAAUAAUGGAUCUAUGGUGGUUCACAAUAGUUAUGAUGAAAUUGAAGGCGGUGGCUUCUUGGCAACACCACAGCUUACUAAUAAGAAUCCUACAAUGAGCCGAAGUGUUGGAUAUUCAUAUCCCUCCUUACCACCUGGUUAUCAGAACACAAUACCACCUAGUACAACAGGAAUGCCACCCUCUUCCUUGAAUUAUCCAAGUGGUCCACAGGCAUUUACUCAGACUCCUUUAGGUGCUAAUCAUUUACCUGCAAGCAUGAGUGGAUUAAGUCUACAUCCAGAGGGGCUAUGGGUUAUCAAUCUACUUCAAGAAAGAAACAUGCUUCCAUUGACACCUUUGCAGCCUCCUGUUCCAAAUUUGCAUGAAGAUAUUCAGAAACUCAACUGUAACCCAGAGUUAUUCCGAUGCACACUGACUAGCAUUCCUCAGACUCAGGCCUUACUGAAUAAAGCCAAACUUCCUUUGGGACUGCUGCUUCAUCCUUUUAAAGACCUAGUGCAAUUGCCUGUGGUUACCUCUAGUACAAUUGUGAGAUGCCGUUCAUGCAGGACAUACAUCAACCCUUUUGUCAGCUUUCUUGAUCAAAGGAGAUGGAAAUGUAACUUAUGUUACCGAGUCAAUGAUGUUCCUGAAGAAUUCAUGUACAACCCUUUGACCAGAGUCUAUGGAGAACCUCAUAGAAGACCUGAAGUUCAAAAUGCUACUAUUGAGUUUAUGGCUCCUUCAGAAUACAUGUUACGACCACCUCAACCUCCAGUGUACCUUUUUGUAUUUGAUGUGUCUCACAAUGCAGUUGAAACUGGAUACUUGAAUUCAGUUUGCCAGAGUUUGUUAGACAAUCUGGAUUUGCUUCCUGGCAACACUAGGACAAAAAUUGGCUUCAUAACAUUUGAUAGUACAAUCCACUUCUACAGCCUUCAAGAAGGUCUAUCUCAACCUCAGAUGCUAAUAGUUUCAGAUAUUGAAGAUGUUUUUAUACCUAUGCCAGAGAACUUAUUAGUAAAUUUAAAUGAAAGUAAAGAGCUCGUCCAAGAUUUACUGAAAACUUUGCCACAAAUGUUCACCAAGACCCUGGAGACCCAGAGUGCCUUGGGUCCAGCCCUUCAGGCUGCCUUUAAGCUGAUGUCCCCAACUGGUGGUCGAAUGUCUGUUUUUCAAACACAACUCCCAACUCUUGGAGUGGGAGCCCUGAAACCACGAGAGGAACCCAACCAAAGGUCAUCUGCUAAGGAAAUUCACUUGACACCAUCAACUGACUUCUAUAAGAAAUUAGCCUUGGACUGUUCUGGUCAGCAGGUAGCUGUUGACUUAUUCCUUCUCAGUGGACAGUAUUCUGAUUUGGCUUCUCUGGGUUGUAUUUCUCGGUAUUCAGCAGGUAGUGUCUAUUAUUAUCCCUCUUACCACCAUCAGCACAACCCAGUGCAAGUGCAGAAAUUACAGAAGGAACUACAGAGAUACCUCACUCGGAAGAUUGGCUUUGAGGCAGUCAUGAGGAUUCGGUGCACCAAAGGUCUUUCCAUUCAUACUUUCCAUGGGAACUUCUUUGUUCGGUCCACAGACUUACUGUCUUUACCUAAUGUAAACCCAGAUGCUGGGUAUGCAGUACAAAUGUCAGUGGAAGAGAGUCUUAAUGACACUCAGUUGGUUUCCUUUCAGUCAGCACUCUUGUACACAUCCAGCAAAGGUGAAAGAAGAAUUCGUGUUCAUACUUUGUGUUUGCCAGUAGUUUCAACUCUAAAUGAAGUCUUUCUUGGAGCUGAUGUUCAAGCAAUUUCAGGGUUAUUGGCCAAUAUGGCUGUUGACAGGUCUGUGACUGCCAGUCUGAGUGAUGCUCGGGACGCCCUAGUGAAUGCUGUCAUAGACUCUCUUUCAGCUUAUCGUUCUUCAGUCCUAAGUAACCAGCAGCAUGGACUUAUGGUUCCUUUUUCUUUGCGGCUUUUCCCACUGUUUGUGUUGGCUCUCCUUAAACAGAAAUCAUUUCAGACUGGGACAAAUGCAUGUCUAGAUGAACGCAUUUUUGCUAUGUGUCAAGUGAAAAAUCAGCCUUUGGUUUACCUUAUGCUCACAACUCAUCCCAGUUUGUAUAGAGUUGACAAUCUCUCAGAUGAGGGUGCAAUCAACAUCAAUGAUCGCACUAUACCUCAGCCACCUAUUCUUCAGCUUUCAGUGGAGAAGCUGAGCAGGGAUGGAGCUUUCCUCAUGGAUGCAGGCUCUGUACUAAUGCUUUGGGUUGGAAGAAAUUGUCGACAGAAUUUUCUCAGUCAAGUUCUAGGAGUUGAAAACUAUGCAUUAAUUCCACAGACUAUGACAGACCUUCCAGAACUUGAUACACCAGAAUCUGCCAGAACAAUAGCUUUCAUCUCUUGGCUUAGAGAACAGAGACCAUUUUACCCAAUACUUUAUGUAAUAAGGGAUGAGAGUCCAAUGAAAGCAAACUUCCUUCAAAACAUGGUAGAAGACAGAACAGAAUCUGCAUUAUCAUAUUAUGAAUUCCUCUUGCAUAUACAACAGCAAGUGAAUAAAUGAACAAAUGAAGAUACUUAGUAAUUUCUAAGGAAAGUUACAAUAAUGCAGAACACCUGAAAAUGUGUAAUACUUUCCUUUCCUAUUAGGUUUGUGGACUAAUGUGAUGAUUAUAUGUUCUCACUGUGAUCUCAACAAACUAUAGCAAAUAAAGGAACACAGCAAACAUGCGACUCUGAAAUACUGUAUUUUUUAAAUCAAAAUAUAUCUAUAUACGAUUGGAUACCUUUUUUCCUUUGCUGCCAAUUAUGUUUGGGUUGUUAUGGAUUGAAAUAAGACAGUAUUGCAGAGGCAAAGUACAUUUUGUAAAAUAAAGACUUCUGUGUUCCAAAUGUAUAUUUCUCAUUUUUUUCUGAAUUUUUGGCUGCUACAUUUAAAACCUCACAAGACUAAAUGUUGCAGGGAAGUUACAAAUCCAUUGAUAAUGAUCUUUUUAAAAUCAAAAAAUUUCUUAAGUAAAUAAUAUGUUGGAAAACUAGAAUCCAUCCCCCACAGUUGUUUUUUUAAGGAAGAAAAAGGAUCAUUAUGUUAACUAAGACUAGAGUAAACUAACUCUAGUCUAGCUUGAGAAGACUAUGAAGUGAUACAGUCAAGCUUUAAAAUCUGUCAGUAUUCUCUAUACUUGAAGAAGAAUGUCCCUGAUUUGAGGUGAAAACUAUAUGUAGUUUUCUGAUUUGACUGCAGAAGACUUGGUUGGAUACACUGUCUUAUUCUGCAGUGAAAAGAAUCUGAGCUGUCUUCAUAAAUAUGUUGGGACUUGCAAUGAUAAUAAGGAGAUGAGAAACUUAGUUAUCUUGAUCCUUUGAGUGGGUUUUAUUUGGUACAUUUUUGCUCUGUGAUGUAUAAUAAAAGCAUUAUAUUGGUGAAAUGAGUAUGAAUGAAAGAAAUUAAAGGUUUCUUAAAUGCUGUCUCAAAUGCAUCAGUAACAUUUUUCUAAGGAGUUUAAUAAUUAAAUUGGAAGCUGCUCAUAAGAUUUAUUCUUGGAUAUUAAAAAUUAAAUCAUGAAUGCCACUGUUUGGUUUAGUGGAUAUUAAGAUUACACAAAUCUGAUUUAUGAAAAUUACAAAAGAAACUUGAUUCCUGAACAUGCUUAAGAAACUGCUUUUUGAUUUGGCCAGAGAAAUAUUAUAGUCAAAACUAUUCAGUGAAUUUUGUUUACAAAUAGGUAAAUUAUACAUCUGUAUGUUUAAAGUGCCGUGAUAAAAUAUCUUUAAGAGUUUGGUCCAGUUUUCACAGAUUCAUCUUGUCUUAUAUGAACUUCUUAAAGUAAAAGUUGUUCAUGAAUAGUACUUGAUGAAAAGAUUUUUGUUUCUUUGUUUUAAUGGGUUAGAAAAAUGUGUUUACAAUCUUGAUCUCAUAUGAUCACCAAUGAAAUAGUAACUUUCAGGUUUACAUCAAUAUGAGCUGACUUUAACUGAAUUGUUUUGGGGUAGGGAAGAAACAGGUCCCACUAGAGUAUAUACUACUGCUUGCCAGCAAGAUCAAAAUAAUUGUGUUCUAUAAAAAUAUUAUCUCCCUUAAGCAGUGUUAAGGUUUAUUUUCAGUAUGCAAGUGGUACAUUGAACUGGAAAUUUUCUUGAAAGCUGCUUCAUUUAUUAGGAAGCAAUUUUCAAAUUGUAGCUAGUUAGAAUACAUUUAUAUUUUCCCCUCUUCUGAAGAAACUGAGUCAUUAUUAUGCACUGAUGUUUCUUAAAAUAACUAAAAUUCUGUUCAUAAUGUGAAUUUUAAAUGUUGAUAUUGUAGGUUCUUUUUUAAUAGUAGUAAAGAAUCUUCCAGAGGGAAAAGUUUGUGCUCCUAGGGACAAUAAUCUUCCUUGUGCCUCACUUUUAUCCCUAAGUGGGUAUGACUCUUGUUAUUACAACAUGCUUUGUUAGUGUAUUACACAAAUUUACUUUAAAAAAUUAUUUUAGAUAUUGCAUAACAUGUGCAAUCCAGAAUAAUUUUAUAAUAGUCAGGUCAUAAAAAACAUAACUUUAGUAAGGAUUCACAAUAUUUGUUCUCCCAGUAAUGAGGGAAUGAAUGAAACUUUUGGAGAUAUUGAUAUGAAGCAAUUAUUUUUUGCAAUAUUGAAUGUGUUGUUUAGUUUAGUUGUUUUUUUUUUUUUAAAUUAGGGCACUACCUGCUAUCUCAUCUUGUAUUACUUUUUGAUGUAAAGCAACUAAUAUUUACACUAUGCCAUAUUUUUUUUAUUGUAGUUGUAAAUUAUGAUAGACCCUUGAAUUUUCUACAGAUCUGCAGCUACUAAAAUAACUGACAAGGGCAAUCUUGGUAUUUAAAUCUGAGCAUGGCAGUUAUACCAUAAAAAGUACUCUAUUUUUCUAAUUUCUAGGAUUUUUAAAAUAACAUUUCUGUAAGUCUGGCACAUUAAUAUUCCCUCAAGCUGUAGCAUUUAUUUUAGUUUGCAUAUAUUUUAUUGUUUUAAUUUAAUGUAAUAUAUUGAGUCUAAUAGACUGUUUUACAAUAAUUAGAAUAAAAGAUUUUCUUCUAAUCAAAGAUGAAUAACAGCUGUUAUCUAGGGGACCACUAAAUGUGAUUUCAAGAUUUCGUUAACUAUUACAAAUAUAAUCCUUAUAUAGAAACUUUAAUUUUGUAAAGUAGUGUAUAAUAUUGUAACAUUAAAUUCUUGUUUUCAAAUUCAAAAAUGUAUUGAUCUUCAAUGUGCUGUGUUAAAUCUUGCUUCUCUGAAACGUUAGAGACAAGAUGUCUUCCUUUUUACAGUUUGUAAUUUUCACUGUUUUAUUCCUGUAAAAAAAAAAAGUCAUUUGUAACCCAUGCAAAUAACCGUUUGAACUGUGCUAACUUAUCAAUUUGGCUAUUCAAUAAAGUUAAUUGAAAGAGCUAACAUACUGUGAUUAGUUAUUUAAAUUGGUAUGAAUAACUUGACAGUCACUGAGUAGUGCUAUGUUUUGCACCCAAAUUAAGUAAAUGGAAAACUAUUGCUGAAGGUUCUUUAAACCUGAGUCAGUGUCUGGGAAGUCACAAUCCAAAUUCUGGAUGCUCACUCUUCAAGAACAGCUAGGUUUAAAAUAUUAGAUUGGGGGCUUCCCUGGUGGCACAGUGGUUGAGAGUCCGCCUGCCAAUGCAGGGGACACGGGUUCGUGCCCCGGUCCGGGAAGAUCCCACAUGCCGCAGAGUGGCUGGGCCCGUGAGCCAUGGCCGCUGAGCCUGCGCAUCCGGAGCCUGUGCUCCGCAACGGGAGAGGCCACAACAGUGAGAGGCCCACAUACCGCAAAAAAAAAAUAAUUAAAAUAAAAUUCUAGAUUGAAAGCGUUUUCAAUUUUUUAAUUCUCAAUAUGUUUAAGAUACUACUUCACUGUCUUGUGGACCCUUUUGUUACUGAUAAGAUGCCUACUGUAAGUCUAAUUGUUUAUUUGAAGAUAAUCUGUUAGCUUUUAAGAUUUUUCUUUUAUCCUUAAUAUUCUAUACUUUUAAUACUCUGAGUUUACUGUUUACCCUGCUUGCUUUUCAGAGCAUGCUUUAAUCUGGAGAUCCUUGUCUAUCUUCAAUUCUGGAAAAUUCUCAGUUACGUUUAAAAUUUUUAUUUAUUUUUAAAACUUAGGUAUAAUUGACAUAUAUUUUCUCUUAAAUAUUUGCUUCUGUCAUUCCCUCUAUUCUUUUUUUACCUUCAGAAUUCCUUUUUUUUAAAAAAAUAUAUUUAUUUAUUUUAAAAUUUAUUUUGGCUGCUCGGGUCUUAGUUGCGGCACACGGGCUCUUUGUUGCGGCAUGCAGACUUCUUAGUUGUGGCAUGCGUGAGGGAUCUAGUUCCUUGACCAGGGAU